UGAAAGAGAGAGAGAGGAACAUUACCCUUUGGAACGGACGAGGCUCACCUGUUUGAAGGAGUGCCAUUUAGAGUGAAAAGUGCAGUGAUUUUGAAAAAGGCAUACUGUACACACUGCAGAAAUACUAGGAAUAUCUUUCAACAGUGGUUGAUAAAGGCACACUGAGGUUGACUGUCUAACUAUCAUUCUGUCCUUCACUGUAUGCCCUCUUCAUCUCCAUGUCCAGCCCCCUCACCCCCUUCACUACAUAGAAACACCACUCCCUCUCUCUCUUCCCUAUCUCCCUCUCUCUCUCUCUCUCUCUCUCACACACACACACACACACCCAAACACACAAACCCACUGUGGGCUAGGGAUUUAAAGAUCUGCAUUUGAGGCAGGCUUGUAAUCAGAUGAAAGACGAGAUUAUCCCAAGGAUCCCUUCAUCUUUCUCAUUGCUGGAGAAGCGUUAGAGGAGCUGGAGGAGGAGGAGAAGGAGGAGAUUCUGGCCCAGGAGGGGUGGGGUCUGACAGAGUGACUAAGUGAAAGAGGGGAGGAGGGGUUCACCUGUGGAUGUGUAUGGGGAAAAGAGACACCACUGCUGUUGCCUGUUCCCUUUCAAGGUCCCGCACAGACACUGGGAUGACUGCACGCCGACAUUAGAGAAAGGAGGGAAAGACAGGGAGACAGAGAGAGCUGGGGAAAAGGCAGUGCACACAGAAAGAUCAAGAAGAGAAUACAAAUUCCAUCUGCGACUCUCAUCACAGGUUUUCAAUGGCAGAGAUUGGGUGCCCUGUGCCUGAACUCCCACCCGGGAGCACCAUCCCAUCCAACUCAACUGUCACUAAUGACAUUAUUAUUCCACUUUCUGCUGAACUGAAGGACAUCACGCCUGAGGAGCUACAGAAGAGUUCUAGUGAAGUACCAUGUUCAGAAAAUAUCCUGGAAGACAGAGGGCAUAUAAAAGAAAAAGACAAAUGCCUUCACAAUGUCCCAUGUCCCCACAGUAUUGCGGAGGUUCACAUAUCUGAUGAAGCAGGUGCCCGGAUGGCUUCUGGUAUGAACCAUCAGAAUGAACAUGCAUCACUGGUCCUCAUAGAGAAAGCCUCUUCAUUACACAGAGACCUAGGAGAAGAGAACCUGUCCCCAAACAAGCAAUAUUUUCAGAGGAGCCACUCAGAUACCCUUCAAAUACAGCAAAAGGACCCUAUUCAUCCUCUUCAAAGUGAAACAAUUGAGCCUACUUCUCUGAAUAAGAACCAAGAAGCACCCAUUCCAUUCUUAGUUUGUAAGGAGGCCAUGCAUACACAGCAAAGCAGUAGUGUCACCACUUUCUUCAGAGCAACAAGCAGCCCAAUCCAGCCAAGCUCUGUUCAAGUUUGCACUUCUGGCUGUGCUCAAGUAUCAGGAGAGUUUGCCAGGAACAUUAAACCCUCUAGGUUUGAAAAGGCUGCUUGCUGCAGCCUGCACCAUCAUGGAGCUGUUGAGGACACGUUCGCUGCUUACUGUCACCCACAGCCCAUACCUGCUCCUGCCCAACUUGUACCACGACUAAUGAACAUGGAGGGAGACUGCAAGGGGCAGAAAGCAGGACCAACCUUGUUAUCGCUUCCCCCACUCGUUUCCUCCAUCAGUGAGACAAGACUGGAUUCUAAAAGACUAGUCCACUGCUGCAGCCUGGACUGUAAGUGGCCUGGUCCUUUGCUCCAGGCUGGAAGUCAGCAGCAAUUGGUGAAAGAGGUUAAAAACAUGAGAGAUGCAGGGACUAUGACAUCUUGCAGGGACCUGAAGGACAUAGGGGUGCAAGUGGGUCAGGACUCAGAAAGGUCACCUCAACAUGUCUUCCCAAAGGUGUGCCUUCUGGACGAGAGGGAGAAUGGAAAUGACAAGCUUACAGAGCAACUGAAAACUCCAGUAAAGGAUGUGAAGUGGGACUCAGAAGGAAUGACAUGGGAAGUCUAUGGUGCCUCGGUGGACCCUGAGGAACUGGGCUUGGCUAUUCAAAGGCACUUGGAGCUGCAGAUCAAGGAGACCGCAGGAAGAACAGCAAGGUUCUCACAGCAGAACACAUCCACCUCACAGCUGGGAAAUGACAAAAAGGAGAGUAAGAGGAGGAGGGGAGUAAUGGCAGCUCUUCGUCCUUCAGUCUGUUGUAGCCGCACCUCUACUGCAGUGGACUAACUACCAAAACUACCUGGGUUUUGUAUUUUCCAGCAUCAUCGAUUUCUCAGAACUUGUAGACAAUGUAUGAAGAGGCUUAUAUUUGAAGUACAACACUGGAUGAGAGAGAACAUGUGCCUAAGUCUUCCUUUCAGUUUCAGAACCUUGUACAUUGCUUAGGAAAACUUUAGAUUGACCUUAAGGGCUAUUUGUUUGGUAUGUAAUUCCACCCGUUUGUCCGUCUAUCCGUGGAGCACUUUAUUUCUUACUGCAGUACAUAAAAUAUCCUGUCAUUCUUAAGCAGCAGGGUAAUAGCUUUCGGGAGUACUAAGACAGCAACAGAUAAGACAGAAAGCACAAACCCAGCUGUGAGCCUGAGACCAUCUGACACCUGUUGACUCCCCCAGUAAAGUUAAACAACUCAGCUGAUAAUGCUUAAGUAGGGUCACAGGCUAUGGUCAACGUAACUAAUUAGUUAAAGUUGUUAGUUUAAGUCCCAGAACUGGCAGAGGGUGACAAGAGUGACUUUGUAGUUGGACCAAUCCUGUCAAAGAACGGGCCCAUCCUAAAGAACAAGGCCCUUAAUCCCUAAUGUUUCCAAGGGUACCCAAGAAGCUGAUACUGAGCUUUGACCCUGUGCUUCCUUACAUGUUUGAGAAGGGGCAUGCUAAAAAACCCUAUGUAGCAAUACAAUAUCCAAUAAAGAGUCUCUGUUAUUCUAGAGUGUUCUAAGAAAUGUCUGAAGCAAGCUUUUAACAUUAUGUCUUUAGAUUAAUAAAGAAUUAAUAAAGAACAGAGGAUUAAGACUUGAAAUAAUGAAGGUUCAAGAGAACCCAGUGGUCAAAGUAAGAUCUCUGUAUCUCUGUUGCACCUUAGUUGGUAUCUGCUGACUUGAGUGAAACACCUCUGAAAUCAAACCAAUUAUUUUUAUGGCCACCCUUUUUUCAGCCUGCAUCAGUUCUCUUAGAUACAUUGUCAUGCUGGAAAUCUGCUGCUUGGCUAUUCUAAGCAUCUUGGAGAACUUGGUGCAGUUCUUCUGUAGACGUAGGCUCUCACUUGUGUAUCAUUAAAUCAUGUUUUUAAAAAACCAACAGUAGUGCAGAAUAAACAUAAUAGAAUAAUAUAGAAAAGU